AUGAUAAUGACAUGUGCCGGGUGAUAUACAUGCUGUACUUCAGCAGAUGAUGGGCACAGAUCUGAGGAUAUAAUAUGAAAACAUGUCGCCCACCUAUACUGGAGAGGAGAUUACAUAAUCUGAGGCUUUGUGUGAUUGACAGGUUGGAUCCGCCCACAAUGAGGACAGCGCUGCUGCUGACGCUAUGGACGAGGGCGAUAUUCUGCAGCGGGCGGUGGUGCGAGCGGACGGUGCAGGUGACGGAGGAAGAGGUGGUCUCCCCGCGGAGGGAGCAGCUGGUCCCGUGCUCCAGCAUGUACCAGUAUAAUCUGGAGGGGUGGCAGCUGGACCUGGAGUCCAUGAGACGCAUGUAUGGGGGUGACGCCGGCAUCGCCAGUUAUUACACGGAGCGGGGGGCCUCCGCCAUGUGUUACAUCUACAAACCACAGAGCACCAGACCGGCUGUGUGGAACCGGACCGUCCGGGCUUGCUGUGAGGGCUGGAGUGGAGCCCACUGUACUGAGGGGUUGGGAUUUCUCGGUCAAUGUUUCUCCACCUGGAACUGUCAGGAUAUUCUGAGUCCUCACAAUUUGACGCUGAUGAGCAUGGAAGAGUGCUGCACACACCCCUGGGGUCACAGCUGGGAGAACGUCACCUCCGAAUCCUGCUUCAGCUGCUCCUAUGUGCCACCAACAGAUGUGGCAGCACCAUUCCUGAUGAAGCCGUACCUCUCUGCCGCCCUCCUGGGGGGUCCUCCGCAGACCAGGAGGCUUUUUGCCACCUGUGUGACGUGGGGCGGCUUCCACUAUCGCUCCUUUGAUGGGAAACACUUCAACUUCCAUGGGAACUGCGUCUAUAACUUGGCGUCCUCCAUCGACGGCAACUGGGCCAUCUUCAUCUCCGGAGAGCCGUGCCCCGAUCCCGGACUAUGCCACAAGACUCUCCGGAUGAUAUUGGGGUUGGAGCAGGUCGUGGUGAAGGGGCGCUCGGUGACGGUUAAUGACAUUGUUAUACCGGAUGGAGACCCCCAUCUGCAGAAUGGAAUUAAUAUCCUCUGGCUGGGCGAUUUCAUCUUCGUAGAAAGUGGUCUUGGGGUGCGGGUGAAGUUUGAUGGCGGAAACAAUGUCUACGUGACGGUGACGUCUGACCUCCAGCACAGGACCAACGGGCUCUGUGGAAUCUACAAUGACAAUACGGAAGAUGAUUUCACGCGCUUCGGGGACGGUCUUUCUUCGAAUGUCGCAGCGUUUGGAAAUUCCUGGAGAGUCCGGGAGGUCGGCAUCCAGAGGUCAUGUGAUGACGUAGCAGAGGUCGGGCACAGCUGUGACCUCCCCGGGAGACAUGCCCUCAGGAAGGAGGCAGAACGUGUGUGUGAGAAGCUCCUGAGCGCCCCCUUCAGUCAGUGCCACCACAAGGUGGACCCCAGCGGAUUCUACGACACCUGUCUGUACUCAUAUUGUCAGGACGCAGCGUCUGCGCGGAACAGGACGUCCGCCGUGUGCCAAACCUUCACCAGCUACGCCCGGGAGUGCGCCCAACACAAGAUCACCAUCACCUGGAGAAGGGCCGGCUUCUGUGAGAAGGAGUGCAUGAUGGGUAAGCAGUACUCGGACUGCGUGUCCUCCUGUCCGGCCAGCUGCGCCUCGGUGGGGAGUUCCGAUGACGGUCAGUGCCGGGACGAGUGUGUCAGCGGGUGCGAGUGUCCAGCCGGGCUUUACUUGGAGGACGGCAUGUGUGUGCGGGAGGAGGCGUGUCCAUGUUACCACCGGAGACAGAGAUACUCCCCCGAGGAGACCAUCCGCCAGAGGUGUAACCAAUGUGUGUGUCGGGGAGGACGAUGGCGCUGCUCUCGGGAGAAGUGCUCUGCGGAGUGCUCGGUGCUCGGGGACCCCCAUUAUGUCACAUUUGAUCGGAGAAGAUUCUCCUUCCAUGGGCAGUGCGGCUACAUCUUGGUGCAGGAUUAUGUGGACGGGAAGCUCCUCAUCACAGGGGACAACCAGGCCUGUGGAAGUCAGGGAUCCGUGAGCUGUCUGCGCACCAUCACCAUCACCGCGCACAAGACUUCAGUCACACUUCACGUCUCAGGACCCCCCACAGUGAAUGGACAGGAGGUGACGCUGCCUUUCCUGAGCCCCGACCUGUCCGUCAGAAGCGUCUCCUCCUCCUUCCUCCUCCUACAGACAUUCGGGGCUCAUCUCCUCUGGAAUAUGGAAUUUCCCGCUGCGUAUAUCACUCUGCAGCCAGCAUUCGCCAACAAGGUUCGCGGCCUGUGCGGCACCUACAACUGGAACCACAACGAUGACUUCACCACCCCGGAGGGCGACAUUGAGACCAGCGCCGCGGCCUUCGCCAAUAAGUUUAAGGUGUCGGCGGAGUGCCCGGACGUGGGGUCUGUCAGGUUUGACCCGUGUGGGACGUACACGCAGCGCAGAGAAUUCGCAGAGGACAUGUGCGCGGUCAUCUCCAGCUCGGUGUUCCAGGUGUGUCAUGACGUGGUGGAGUGGGAGCCGUUCCAUCAGCUUUGUCUGUAUGACGUCUGUGGCUGUUCAUCCAGUAAGGAUUGCCUGUGUAGCGCUGUGUCGGCGUAUGCCAGGCAGUGUGCCCAGGAGGGGACCGUCGUGACCUGGAGGAACAAGACCUUCUGCCCUGUCCAGUGUACAGGUGGUCAGGUGUACAUGGAGUGCUCCACCUCCUGCAGAAAGACCUGCGCUGACCUGCGCUUGAAUGAAGCCGCAGCGUGCCAGGAAGUGAGCGGCUGUGUGUCUGGGUGCAACUGUCCCGAAGGCCUGGUCCUGGAUGAAGGCGGACAGUGUGUCCCUCCUGCUAUGUGUCUAUGUUAUCAUGGAGGACAGGCCCACCAGCCUGGGAGCUCCGUUCUGAGAAGGUGCCAGAAUUGUAUCUGUGAGAACGGAGUUUGGAACUGCACCGGGUCCCGCUGCCCCGAGGUGGCCUAUUGCCCCGGUGACUUGGUCUAUAAAUAUGGAUCCUGCCUCCUCACCUGUGACACCGUGGACCAGAACCAGACCUGCGUUGAUGCGGUGGAUGGGUGUGUGUGCCGGGACGGCACCGUGCUUCUGGACAACCGAUGUGUCCCCCCCGAGGACUGUCCUUGCCAUCACAAUGGGAAACUCUACCAGCCCAACCAGACCAUCAGCAAAGACUGCAACACCUGUGUGUGUAAGGAGCGCCGCUGGGAGUGCACUGACCACCAGUGUGCCGGACUUUGCACCGCAACUGGCGAUCCUCAUUACAUCACCUUCGAUGGAAGAUCGUUCACCUUCCUGGGAGACUGCCAGUAUGUCCUGGCCAGAGAAAACCACGGACUCUUCACCGUCACCACCGAGAACGUGCCGUGUGGCAGCAGUGGGAUCACCUGCACCAAGUCUGUAGUGGUGAUGAUUGGAAAUACCAUUGUUCACCUUCUGAAAGGUAAAGAAGUGACGGUGAAUGGAGUGGGGGUAAGACUUCCCAAGAUGUACAGCGGGAACGGGAUUAUUCUGGAACAAGCCGGACUCUUCACCAUCCUCAUCACCCAACUGGGACUCAGCGUUCUGUGGGAUGGAGGGACCCGCGUCUACGUCAAACUGGACCCCUCGUUCCGGGGGAGGGUCAGCGGACUGUGCGGGAACUUUGAUGGGGACACGGAGAACGAUUUCACCAGCCGGCAGGGGAUGGUGGAGCCCACGGCCGAUCUGUUUGGGAACAGCUGGAGGAUGAGCCUGUUGUGUCCGGAGGUUCAUGGCGAUGACUUUGAGCACCCGUGUACGGAGAACAGUCACCGGGUCACCUGGGCGAGGAGGAGUUGCGGCGUCCUCAUGCAGCCGGUGUUCUUGCCGUGUCACCAGGAGGUCCCCUGCCAGCAGUUCUAUGACUGGUGUGUGUACGACGCCUGCGGGUGUGACUCCGGCGGGGACUGCGAUUGUCUCUGUACGGCCAUCGCCACAUACGUGGAGGAGUGUAACCAGCGCGGGAUCUACAUUCGCUGGAGGACGCAGGAUCUGUGCCCAAUGCAAUGUGAUAACGGUCUGGUCUAUGAAGCCUGUGGGCCGCCGUGUCCCCGCACCUGUAAGAACGCGGCGCAGGAGCCGGAGGAGCGAUGUGCGUCUGCGUCCUGCGUGGAGGGCUGCUUCUGUCCGCAGGGGAAGGUCCUGCAUGAGGGAAGGUGUGUGGAACCGUCGGAGUGUCCGUGUUUCUGGGACAAUCUUCCAUUCCCGGCCGGAGCUGCCGUUCAGCAAGGCUGCCACAACUGCUCCUGUGUCUCCGGCGUCUGGCGAUGUCCCGAUGAGCCGUGCUCCGCCUCCCGCUGCGGAAGCGAUGAAUUCGCCUGUCACCUGAGCGACCGCUGUGUGCCGGGCGCCUGGCUCUGCGACAACGAGGAUGACUGCGGGGACGGCUCCGAUGAGAUCUGCUCCCUGACCUGCGCCCCGCAGGAGUUCCGCUGCGCCAACGGCCAGUGCGUCCCCCUGGGGCACCGAUGCGACGGCAGAGCCGACUGCGCCGAUCACUCGGACGAAUGGGGGUGCCCCGCCCCGGCCUGCAGCAGCUCCGAGUUCCGCUGCGCCAACGGCCGCUGCAUCCCGCUCUCUCACGUCUGUGACGGCGACCUGGACUGCGGAUUCGCCGAUGACUCCGACGAAUCAGGCUGCUCCCCAGGCUGCAGUUCCGCGCACUUCCAAUGCUCGCUGGGAAAGUGCGUCCCCUAUGUCCACCGCUGUGACGGCCAUGACGACUGCGGGGACCUCAGCGACGAGAGAGGCUGCCUCUGCCAGACCAGCCAGUUCCAGUGUCCAGACGGGCUGUGCGUGCCGAGGGGGAAGGUGUGCGACGGUCUCAGCGACUGCGCCAAUGGAACAGAUGAGGCCGUCUGCUCAGGGUCAGGGACGUGUCCUCCUGGGUUCUGGGUCUGCAGAGAUGGGUUGUGUAUCAGAAGACAGAGGCGUUGUGACGGGACACCCGAUUGCACAGAUGGAUCGGAUGAGGAGAUGGAAGAUUGUUCCCCGCUGCACCCGGAGCCAACGCCGUCCACACACAGCACAACCCCAGGCGGUGCAUCCGUCUUCCGCUGUGGCCGUUAUGAGUUCCGCUGUGGCAGUGGCGAAUGCAGACCCCGUGGCUGGCUCUGCGAUAACGAGGUGGACUGUAUGGACGGCAGCGAUGAAGACGAUUGUAACAGGAGCUGCGAUCUGGACCACUUCAAGUGCUCGCUGAGCGGGGAGUGUGUGGGGUACAGCCAACUGUGCGACGGGGUCCCACACUGCCGCGACCAAUCAGACGAGAGCAUGGACAACUGCGGUUCCACUCAGAUCCCGCCCUGUCCCGGGCACUUCAUCUGCGCUAACAGGAUGUGUGUGAACAUCUCUGUGGUAUGUGAUGGCUCUCCGGACUGUCCACAGGGAGAGGAUGAGAAGACAUGCGAGAGAAUUUCGGUGACCGUCCCCCCCUCCCUCCAGGAGAAUCAGACCUCCACCAUCUGCCCCGAGUACUCCUGCCCGGAUGGACGAUGUCUGAUGUUCAAGCAGGUGUGUAAUGGAAUCUCGGAUUGUGGAGAGGAGUCUUCUGGUUGGGUGGCGGCAGACGAGGGGGAAUGCGGUUUCUGGAGCCCAUGGGGUGGAUGGAGCGAAUGCAGUCAAUCAUGUGGUCCCGGCAUGCAGACCAGGAGGAGAGUGUGCACCAAUCCGACUGGAGAUAUCCUGAGGCAGUGCAGGGGGGAGCCAAAUGAGGACCAGCAGUGCUUCUCCGUGUCCUGUCCAGUGGACGGUUCCUGGACUGAAUGGACAACGUGGUCAAACUGUACCCAAGACUGCAGCGGGGUGGUGAUCCGCCGAAGGGAGUGCACUCCACCACAAAACCGGGGGCGCCACUGCUCUGAGCUUCCACAAUCCUCACCUGUAUCUCUGGAGAUUGAUGUGUGCCGACAAGAUGGCUGCCCAGAGUCUCCGCCUUGCCCUGCCGAUCUUCAGCAUAAGCCGUGUGCCCCGUGUCCCCAGACCUGCUCGGAUCUGACCAAUAAGAGGAGCUGCCAUGGCGAUGAGCACUGCGUUCCGGGCUGCUGGUGCCCCGAUGGGCUCCUGAUGGACAAUAUGAAUCACUGUGUGCGUCCGGAGGAGUGUCCCUGUGAAGUGGAGGGCGCCACCUACUGGCCCGGCCAACUCGUCAAAGCCAACUGUCAGAUCUGCACCUGCCAGGAGGGUCAGAUGAAGCAGUGCCGGCAGAAUCCGGAGUGUACCGUGAACUGCGGCUGGUCGUCCUGGUCACCCUGGGGGGAGUGUCUGGGCCCAUGUGGGGUGCAGAGCAUCCAGUGGUCCUUCCGAAGCCCCAACAAUCCCAGCAAACAUGGCAAUGGGAAGCAGUGCCGGGGAAUCUACCGGAAGGCCCGCAGGUGUCAGACGGAGCCGUGUGAGGCGUGUACCCACCACGGGAAGACAUACAGCACCGGUGAACGUUGGAGGUCUGGAGAAUGCCAUGUGUGCCAAUGUCUGCCCAACCUGAGCGUACAAUGCUCCCAAUUCUGCCAGUUCACUAAUGUGGGGUGCCCCAAGGGUCAGUUCCUGGUGGAGGGCUCGGGGGACACCUGCUGCCAUUGUUCGGAGACAGCGCCAAACAAGACAGAAGGUUCCGGCAUGCAACCUACAGGCCUUCCGGUCACCAUCCCCAUCCCUGGGCUUACUACCUACCCACUGCCCACUGCUGGAGACGAAUGUUAUAAACCUCUCCGGAUCUCCCGACUCCCACCGCACAGCUUCACAGCCUCUUCAGAACUCGCUGAUCAUCCGGCGUACACGGCCCAGCUAAACCGGGUCUCUCCGAUGGCAGAACUUCAUGGCUGGAGCCCACAGAACAGUGAUUACCAGGAUCUCCCGGCCAGGGCGCCCCAUCUACAGAUUGACCUGCAGGAGCCGAGGAACCUUACAGGAAUUGCAGUGCAGGGUGGCGGUUCCUUGGAUUUCUAUGUCAGCAGCUUCUCAGUCCAGUUCAGUGAUGACGGGGUGCACUGGUCCGAUUACACCGAGAGGAGCCCCGACACCGAACCGGACACCAAGGUUUUCCGGGGGAAUUCCGAUGGAUCCACGCCGGUGGCGCGGAGCUUUGAUAGGAUGGUCGGCGCUCGUUAUGUGCGGAUCCUUCCUCUCCAUUAUCAGAGGCGGAUCUUCCUCCGCGUGGAGCUCCUGGGCUGCGGAGAAGUGUCUGCCGGACCGACCACCACGCCCGUCCCCACCCAACACCAGUGCCGGCCCGGGCAGUUCCAGUGUCACAAUGGGCGCUGCGUCCUGGCCGGACCCCAUGGAGUUCUGUGCAAUGGAAUCAACGACUGCGGGGACCAAUCAGACGAGAUCUAUUGUGGCACCGCCCCUUCCCCGCUCUCCCCCGCCAGAUUGGGGUGUCCAAAUUUGGAGUUUUACUGUAAAUCUUCCGGUAACUGCGUUAUGGCGUCCCAACGGUGCGACGGUCACCCUGAUUGUGCCGACGGGGCAGAUGAGAUUGGCUGUGUGUCCACAACGCUGGCCAGCGCCCCCUGGAGCUCCACAGUGGGAGGAGAAAGCCCUCAUUGGCCGAUUGUUCCCACCCCUUCAUCUAGACCAACCAAAGCCACAGGACAGGGACCUGCAGGCACCGCCCAGCCUGAAUUUCCGGAGGGAGGGAUCUCCACACCUCCAGCUUCAUGUGACGGAGCGCUGGGCCUGGAGGAUGGGCGGAUCCACUACAAGCAGCUGACGGCCUCCUCCUACAAAGAGAACAACCCGCCCGACGCCGGGCGCCUCAAUAUCGUCCCAAACAUAAUGAACAUUGUUCCCGGGUGGAGUCCUCUGGACUCGGAUAAGGAGCCGUACUUCCAGAUAGACUUUCUACAGCCCACCUUCAUCUCCGCCAUCAUCACCCAGGGGGGGCGCCAGUCAGGAGGUUACACCACCAAGUACCAUCUCAUGUACAGCAAUGAUGGACACGUCUACCGGAACUUCACCGCUCAGGAGAAGACCUCCCCGCAGAACUUCACCGCUCAGGAGAAGACCUCCCCGGAGGAACCCCAGAUAUUUGAAGCCAACUCAGACAGUAACAGUCCGGUGAGGCGGGAGUUGGGCCGCACCAUACUGACCCGAUUCCUCCGCAUUCAUCCUGUGGAUUAUCACAAGGCCAUCUACCUUCGCUGUGAGGUCAUCGGAUGCCCCUACGUGGAGCACACAAUGGCCGCUGUCACACAAGGUCCGGCUUAUGUCACCAUUCCUGGGGAGGUGAGGCCUUCUCACUGUCAGAUGGGAGAGUUUGAGUGCCGCAGCGGUGAGUGCGUGAACGCCUCCAGAUCUUUGUGUGACGGGAAACCCGACUGCCGCGAUUUCUCCGACGAGGACGGAUGUGGCACCGUGGUCACUCCAGGUCUGGUCAUUCCCCCAGCAGAUGUAACCUUCCCACCUGGACACAGUACAGCCCCGGGCAGCACUCUCCAUCCAGGCUCUUCUCUUCCCGCACAUGUUGGAGAACCGGGAAUAUUGCAACCAUCCCAACCAACAGGAAGCCCGGGAAUGCAGCAAGAGACACCCGGACAGGGAACUGGACCAAGACCGGAGACUGCUGGUCAGCCUGGCAUUCAGGAGAAGCCAUUUGUCAGUGGAAAGCCCGGCAUGAGAAUCCCGGACAGACCCGGACAUAGAGCGGAAUCCACAACCCUGGAGUUUGGAGACGUCUCUUCUCCUGGUCUACUGAUGACGACGUCUCCACCUCAAAGGACAGACGAAACGCCCAGCAGCGUUCCACCCAUGGCUGCCAUCACACUGCCAGGAGAAGGCAUUUCCGGAGGUCCCGGAGUUCGUCCCGGCCCCUUUCACACCGGCGUUCCUGGGCUUGCUGGUAAGAACACAUGGAGUACAGAUUUAGGUGGCACCCCGGGACACACAAGUUUUCCCGCAUUGAGUGUAGGACAAGAAGUGCCAGGAAUGGGUACUCCAGCUUGGGUAGGGACUGGCCACCCUGGUCUAUCUGUUCAACCCUCAAGUCUUCCAGGACAAGCGGAAGUCCCACCAUACAAAGAAGAACCGGUAACUGAAGAAGCUCCAAUGUCCAACCCGUCCAGACCACGCGUGGAGGAGGCGUCAUCCACAUCUCAGUAUAAUGAGACACGUGACCUGCACCACGGAACAGGAACCCCUCCACCAAGAAAUGCCCCUCUGGAGGGUGAACCCCCCGGCCCUGAGAUCUUUGUUCUUCCAGAAGGACAUCAUUCCAGCUUGAAGCCUGGGUCAGGGUCUGUCGUUAUUUGGAAGGAGCCUGUUGAGGUCCCUCCAGAAGAGGGGGGCGUUAGACCAGGGGGCCGCGAGGAAUUUCAUGCCUCUCAUACGUAUGAAGGGACGCCCCCGAUGAAUCUGACCACUGAGCUUCCCAGAAGUACCUGCAGCGUCGGUCAGUUUGUCUGCUCUGCGUUUGGCUGUGUCGACGCCGUUAAUGUUUGCAAUGGACAGGAAGACUGCAUUGAUGGUUCCGAUGAGCAGCUCUGCGGUGAAAUCACCGUUCUGAUGUCCACUCCCACAUGGCUUGUUCCCACCCCAGGCCCCGGCAUGUGUUCACACAAACAGUUUACUUGUCGGUCAGGAGAAUGCGUUUCCUCGGAGAGACGCUGCGACCUCCACCGUGACUGUUCAGAUGGUUCUGAUGAGGAAAACUGUGUGGAUUGCGUCCUCUCUGUCUGGACAUCCUGGAGUGAGUGCAGCCGCUCCUGUGGAUUGGGAGUCAAGUUCCGACGUCGUGAUGUCAUCAGAGACCGGCUUCCGGGGGGUCAUUGUGCCGGAGCUCAAUUUGACAGUCAGAGCUGCUUCGUACAAGCAUGUCCAGUGAAUGGGGCGUGGUCCCCUUGGGGGGAGUGGUCUGCCUGUGAUGCUCCGUGUCAAGGAGGAGUUCGUUCUAGAAACAGGAAAUGUGAAAAUCCGCCACCCAAGAACGGGGGUCUUCCAUGCCGCGGAGAAUCUGUGCAGAUAGAAUCCUGUAACCUACAGCUGUGCGGAGACUCGGAAGACUGCGGCCCGGAGAUGAUCCUCAUCCAUCCUGGAGAGUGCGAAUCCCGGCACACGGACCCGUGUCCGCUGACCUGCCGCAGCCUGAACGCCGAGACCCGGUGUAAUGGCGGCUGUAUGGAAGGAUGCCGCUGUCCUCCUGGUCUGUACCUCCAAGAUGGCGGCUGCGUGAACAUCAGCCGGUGCCGCUGUCACGUGGAGCAUGGCGGCACCCAACUUCCUGGGGAGACCUUCAGUCACGACAACUGCAGUGUGUGCCGGUGUCAGGACGGGAAGGUGACGUGUGACGGCUCCGCCUGUGCCGUGGACUGUGGGUGGUCCGCGUGGUCCCAGUGGACGCCAUGUGACACAACAUGUGGAGCGGGCAUGCAGGAGCGAUUCAGAUCUCCAUCUAAUCCUCCGAGCGAUAAUGGUGGUGCCCCCUGUGAGGGGAACACGCGGGACACCCGAGAGUGCUACACUCCAUGUGCCAAUGAGACGGCCAUAUCCUGGAGUGAUUGGACCCCGUGGUCGCCAUGCUCUAGAACGUGCUUCUAUGAUGUGGAAAAUAUUGGGGUGCGGAGAAGGUUCCGGCAUUGUAACAGCACGUUGUCCUCCUCUGGCCCUCUGUGUGUUGGGGAGUCUGUCCAGGAGGAGCCAUGUGACACGCCGCUGUGUCCCGUUGUUGGCGGCUGGUCCUCCUGGAGCUCCUGGACAGAAUGUACCGUGACCUGCGACUCUGGAACUCAGACCCGAAACCGCUCCUGUUCUAACCCUUCGCCAUUGCAUGGGGGCCCCGAAUGCCGGGGGCCACAGAUUCAAACCAGGGAGUGUAACACGCAGCCUUGCAGAGAUCUGUGUCCACCCAAUAUGAUCCAUCAGACCCCGGAGGAGUGUCGUGGCACCGGGGGGGCGUGUCCUCGCCUGUGUCUGGACCAGGCUGCCCAGGUAGAGUGCGCCUCCACCUGCUACGAGGGUUGCUACUGCCCUGAGGGGCUCUUCCUGCAGAACAACAGCUGUGUGCCGCAGACUGAAUGCUCCUGUUACCACCAGGGGGCGCUCUACCAGCCCGGGGAGAAUGUGACGCUGGAUGCCUGCAACAACUGCACCUGUGUGUCCGGAGGGAUGGUCUGCAGUGCAGCUCCGUGUCCAGUGGACUGUGGGUGGAGUGAUUGGACCUUGUGGAGCUCCUGCAGCCGUACGUGUAAUGUUGGCACCAGACGACGCUACCGAUCGGGGACAAACCCAGCUGCCGCAUUCGGAGGUCAGGAUUGCGAGGGGUCCGGUGUGGCCAUUGAGUUCUGCAGUUUACAGCCCUGUAAAGGCUCUGCUGGGGACUGGGGUCCAUGGUCAGAAUGUUCCGUGCCCUGCGGCGGAGGAUAUCGGAACCGCAGCCGCGUCAGUGUCGUUCUGCGCCGCAUUGAGUUCUCCACCUGUAACCUCCAUCCGUGUUCUGGAGAGGAUCCCGGGAUCUGUCCGGAUGGGAAGGUGUGGAAGGAGUGUAGUGAAGGCCCCGCCUCCUGCGCUCAUCUGGAUGAUGAAGAAGAAGAUGACGGGACGUGCCAGCCGGGCUGCUACUGCCAGAGGGAGGAGCUUCUGUUGAAUAACCGCUGUGUCCCCCCAUCGCUGUGUCCCUGUACUGAGAGCGGAGUCCUCUAUGAACCUGGAGAGAUGGUGCUGAGGGACUGUAAUAAUUGUUCCUGCCUCUCGGGACGGAUCGGUAAUUGCUCGCAGCUCCCCUGUGGCGCUGUCGAUGGGAAUUGGUCGGAUUGGACGCCGUGGAGCGAGUGUUCAGCGACGUGUGGGGGAGGGUUCCAGAACCGCUACCGAUUCUGCACCGACCCGCCUCCCUCCAGAACCGGGCUGCCCUGUGAGGGUCCCGAGCGGGAGGAGCGGCCCUGUGACCCGGAGCCGUGUGAUGAAAGAGGAGACUGGAGCGCGUGGAGCGGCUGGACGGACUGUACCAAGACGUGCGGCGAGGGGGUGAGAUCUCACAGCCGCAAGUGUGAUGACCCCUCCCCAUUGGGGGGCGGAGACUACUGUGAGGGUCUGAGCACAGAGGUGGAGCCCUGCCAGCUUGCGCCGUGUCCGGUGAUGAACUGUUCAUCGAUCGCGGACGCGGCAUACAGCGGCUGUGGCCCGCCCUGCCCCAGGUCAUGUGAUGACAUCACGCAUUGCACUGAAUCCUGCCAGCCGGGCUGUUAUUGCCCCCCGGGGAAGGUCCUGGCAGAGAACGGCACGGCCUGUGUGGCUCUAGAAGAAUGCACCUGUCUGGACCUCCUGACCGGAGGGAGGCGUCUUCCUGGCGAGACCGUCCCCCGAGGAGAUGGGUGUAAUAACUGCACCUGUGUGAACGGAACCAUGCAGUGCACCGGGGUCCCCUGUGCGGUGGCUGGAGGCUGGUGUGAUUGGUCAGACUGGACCCCGUGUUCCAGAACGUGUGGUACAGAGAUGGUGACGAGGUACCGGAGUUGUGCCUGUCCUAAACCGCUUGGCGGAGGAGAGCCCUGUGAUGGGGUGCAGCAGUAUUUUGGUGAAACGGGAGUGCAGCUGGAGAGGAAGGAGUGCCCUUCACCCUCUUAUUGCCCAGUGAACGGACAGUGGGGCCCCUGGAGCCCCUGGUCAGAAUGUGAUAGCUGCUCUGGGGAUUCUGUGAGGACCAGACAGUGCAACAGCCCCCCUGUGCGGUUUGGGGGCGCUCCGUGUGAAGGGGAGUCCCGGCAGAGCAGAAUCUGUCACCAUAACAUCACACAGUGCUCAGAAUGCGGUGUCGGUCUCGUAGACUUUCGGUGCGGGAAGCCGUGUCCUCGCUCCUGUGAUGAUCUCCAUGGAGACACCGUCUGCCUGGACACCGCAGAGUGUCAGCCCUCAUGUGGGUGUCCUGAGGGUCAGCUGAUGCAGAAUGGGACGUGUGUGGAGUCAAGCGAAUGUCACUGCAAGUACCAAAACCGAUCGCAAGGAGGAUCGGAGUUUGGUAACGGCUCCGCCUGGUCCGGUCCUGAGCCCUGGCAGGAUCUAAUGUCUGGAGAGAUUGUGAUUCUUCAAUGCCAGAACUGCACUUGCAUUGGUGGCCACUUGCACUGCACUUCCGACCCGCGUUGUGUUCUGGAUGGGGGUUGGGGUCCCUGGAGUUUGUGGUCUUCGUGUUCUUCAAGUUGUGGAGAAGGGAUCCAGACCCGUAGGAGGAAUUGCGACAGUCCAGCUCCUCAGAAUGGUGGAAGAACCUGCACGGGGGGUGAGGAGCAACAGAGGACCUGCCAGGGGCCCACCUGUCCCGAACCGGAUCCUUGGAGCGAGUGGUCCCCAUGGUCUCCGUGUAGCCUUAGCUGCGGGGGAGGGGAGCAGAUCCGGGUGCGGGAAUGUCGGCGUCAGGAAUGUGAAGGAAAAGCCAUUCAAAGUAGGAUGUGCAACAACCAGGUUUGUCUAGAUGUGGGCUGUCCGAUUGACCGAUUGUACCGCGAAUGUGGAAAGGAGGACAGCUGCCCGUACAGUUGUGCCCACCUUACCCAGCAGGUGGAGUGCUUCCCCGAUGAGUGUGAGGAAGGGUGUCACUGCCCGCUGGGCACCUACUUCCACAACGGCUCCUGCAUCACGGAUUGUCCGUGUGUGGUGACGGAAGAGAUUCUACAAGGACUCAGGAAUGCCACACCUCGUGCCGCACCCCAUCCACCAGCGCCGGUCACCGUCCACGGAGCCGAGCUCGUUCCGGGAGAAGAGGUGACAUCGGGAGACGAGAUCCACUAUGGCUGCAGCUCCUGCACAUGUGAGAAGGGCCGCAUGGAGUGUGCAUUUUCCGCUUGUCCUCAGGAUGGAGGCUUCACCUUGUGGUCUCCCUGGAGCCCCUGUUCUGUCAGCUGCGGAGGCCUGGGCAAUAUGACGCGGUCCCGGAACUGUUCGAACCCUCCGCCAGCCAAUGGGGGUAGAGAAUGCGAGGGCCCCAGUGUGGACAUUAAAUACUGCCAGGCACCAGACUGUGAAGACGUCACCCUGCUGUCCCCGGAGCCCCCCACUGACAUGGCCGGCCCGGCAGAUGAGGUAUUUAGCCCCUGGUCCCCAUGGACUCCAUGUUCCAAGAGCUGCUCCGACCGCCAAUUCCCUGCAGUGAAGGCGCGGUCCCGGUUCUGUCCCUCUGGAAGGAAUUGUAGCGGAGAGUCAUUCCAGGAGAAUAUCUGCAACCUCCCGCAGUGUACAGGUCCCGACUCUCCUCUGUGUGUCGAUGAGGAGUGUCAGCAGAGGAACUGUUCCUGGAACCCCUGGUCGGAGUGGAGCGAGUGUUCCCGAUUCUGCGGGGUGGGACAGCAGAGACGUCUUCGCACUUACAACCCGCCCGGUGAGAAGGGAGUUUGGUGUGAUGACAUCCUGACCGGGAACACGGAGAGGAGAUUUUGCAACCUGCAGGCAUGUAAAGUGAAUGGCAGCUGGUCCAAGUGGAGCCCGUGGUCCUGGUGUGACCGGACAUGCGGUGGAGGAAGAUCGGUGAGAAGUCGGACUUGUACCAGUCCACCUCCAAAAAAUGGAGGGAAAGAGUGUCCUGGUGAGAAAUACCAAGUGAGGAUCUGCAACCCCAAACCCUGCGAGGAGGGAUGCCCGCCGGGUAUGGAGGAGGUGGAGUGUGCCAAUCACUGCCCCAGGCGUUGCUCGGACUUCCAGCAGGGAAUCAUCUGCCUGGAUGGGGAUGGCUGUGAGCCGGGGUGUAGGUGCCCGGCAGGAACACUGGAGCAGGACGGCCGGUGUGUGGCCCUCGCGCAGUGUGAGUGCACGGACAGCAGGGGGCAGAGCUGGAUGGCUCAGAGCUCCCUCCAGGAGAACUGCAACAACUGCACCUGCACCGACGGUCGCCUCUCCUGCACCGACCUCACCUGCACCGCCGCCGAGUGCAAUUGGAGCCAAUGGUCCACCUGGUCUCAGUGCUCCGUCACCUGUGGGAGUGGCCAAGAGACUCGUAUCAGGACCUCCACAUCGGGAUCACAGAGAGAGAAGUGCCGCAAUCCAGAAAGUCAAUCCCACCCGUGUCACCCCGGAAAGUGUCCGGAGCUGUGCCCACACGGGGGCUGGGAGCGGCAGAUCGGGGACGUGUGGCUGGUGGGAGAGUGCCAGCAGUGUAUCUGCACCCCAGAGGGGAACUACUGCCAGGACAUUGAAUGCCGAGUGAAUGGGGACUGGACACCGUGGUCUCCGUGGUCUGACUGUCCAGCCACGUGUGGUGGUGCUGCUGUCCAGAUCCGCAGUCGUGCCUGUAUCAACCCCCCUCCGCGUAACAACGGUUCUGAUUGCGUGGGCCCAGACACCGAAAGGCGAAACUGUACCAACCAGCACUGUGAGGGCAGCAACCGGUGUGGCUGGUCGGAGUGGAGUCGGUGUUCCCGAAGCUGCGGCACUGGAAUUAGCAGCCGGACUUGGCGGUGCGACUGUCAUGGAGCUGAAUCUCUGGAUGUGCCAUGUAACAGCACUGAGCGCGUGGAGACCGCGGCGUGUUACCUGCAGCCGUGUGAAGGAAGCUGUUUCUGGGGCCCGUGGAGUAACUGGUCGGAGUGUUCGUGUCACUCUGCCCUCCAGCACCGCCUCAGGGAACCCCGGGGGCCAAACGCUGACGCAUGUGACAAGCUGGGGAGUGAAGUUCGGACAUGUGACCUGUCUCAGUGCUCAGAGUCCAGCUGUCGGCCACCAUUUGUAUUCAGUCCGUGUGGUUCUCCAUGUCACAGCCUCUGUCCCUCCCGGUUAUCGCCAGAGAUUUGCCGCAAUGUGUCCACCUGCCAGCCCGGCUGUUACUGCCUUCCGGGGUUCUUGGAGCAGGAGGGCGAAUGUGUCCGUUCCUCGGAGUGUGGCUGUCCAUACACGUCUCAGGAUGGGAUGGCGUAUCUGGCCCCGGGCAGCACCGUGCAUCUUGGCUGCAGAGAGUGCGUCUGUCACCAGGGGGAGCUGCAGUGUAACCGACAAAACUGUGAAGGUCAAGCCUUUCUCAGCGAAUGGUCAGAGUGGACGCCGUGCAGUCGCUGCAUCCCGUCACCUCACAAUGACUCCGUGCCGCCAUCUUUCCACUCCGUCCAGCACCGACACCGGAUCUGCCUGAAUGCCCGGACCGGCUUCCCAUGGGUCGGAGAUUCUCCGUCUUGUAGAGGGGAGCUGACCCAGGAGAGGCUUUGCCCCGUCCCGGGGAUCUGUGAUGAUCUGUGCGUUUGGAAUGAGUGGGGGGAAUGGAGUCCUUGCCGGGAGCCCUGCAGUGGUGGUUUCCGCUCUAGAUGGCGCCAUGUUUAUCAUCCCAUGGACAUGGCCCAGUGCCAGGGUGCCCGCUUUCAGUCUGAGAGCUGCAACACGGCGGCCUGCCCAGGAGAGAAUUGUGAGGAUCGUGGGAAGGCCUCCAAGGUGGAAUGUGCCAACAAGUGUCCUCGCUCCUGUGCCGACCUCUGGGAACAUGUGGAAUGUCUACAGGGACAGUGCCGGAUGGGGUGCCGCUGUCCAGAAGGCUGGCUUUUGCAGGAUAAGACUUGUGUGCCGGUGGCGGAUUGUCGCUGUGGACUGCCAACGUCCAAUGGCAGCACAGAAUAUGAACCCGACGCCGUUGUCCGUAUCGGAUGUAAUAAUUGCACCUGUGUCAAUGGCACUUUCAUCUGUACAGACCUGCUGUGUCCCGUGUACGGGCCCUGGACUGAGUGGGGCCCCUGUUCUGUGAGCUGUGGUGGGGGCCACAAGUGGAGGAGUCGCUCCUGUACAGAGAGGGGUCCAGACGGAGCCGCCUGUGGGAGUGAGAGUCGAGAGGUGGAAGAGUGUAAUAGUGAGCUAUGCCCAGCGAGCUGCGUGCUCAGCCAAUGGUCCGCAUGGAGCGAUUGUAGCGCCAGCUGCGGGGGAGGAGUCUCCGAGAGGAAUCGAACGGUCCUGGUAUCGGCCGAUCCCGGCGGAGAACCGUGUCCGAAUCUGCUGGUCCUGCACCGAACCUGCAACUCCCACAACUGCACUCCAGAGUGUCCCGACGGUCAGAUUUACAGCGACUGCGCCAAUUCCUGCCCUAUGAGCUGCGCCGACCUCCGACCCGACACCGCCUGCCUGAAUGAGACGUGCCAGCCCGGCUGUGCCUGCCCCCGAGGAGAGGUCCUUGAGGGCGGAGUCUGCGUCUCCCCGGAAGAUUGUAUGUGCGUUCUCCAACCCUCCCCCCACCUGCCCUGGACUGCCAACCUGACGCUGGAGGAGCGGGGGAGGGCGUACCCGGCGGGCACCGUCAUCUACCACCAAUGUAACAACUGCACCUGCCACAUGGGAAGCUUCCUGUGCACUGCGGAGGACUGUGCCGUGGACUGUCGGUGGUCCCAGUGGUCGGACUGGUCGCCGUGUUCCGUCACCUGCGGGGCCGGAGUCCAAACCGCGCAGCGGCGGAAAAGCCAACUGCGUCUGUAUGAUGGAGAGGAAUGUACAGGGACCGCGACCCGCCGGAGGGACUGCGACCUCCCAGAUUGCAGUUGUCCCCUCAGGGAGAGGUGGAGAAGUCCUUCCAUGGAUGAAGAGUUGUGUGAAAGGACUUGUCAGGAACUGUACAGAGAGGAAUGGAGGAACUGCAGCAGCGGCACCUCGGGGAGCUGUGUGUGUGAGACGGGGACUUACCGGAGCCGUACAGGACAGUGUGUGAGUCCUGCGCACUGCGAGUGUGAGCACCACGGAGAGCUCUACCAGGCGGGAGCGACAUGGCAGGACGAGUGUCUCGUGUGCCACUGUGUAAACGGUCUCGGAGUCUGUGCGCCAGUGUGCCCCCCGCUCUACUGUGUGGAGGGAGAGGUGAAGGUUCAGGAGCCCGGAGAGUGCUGCCCGGUGUGCCGCAUGGAGAUCCCAGCCGAUCGAUCGCCGGUGUGCCGCCUCCACACGGAACUCCGGAACAUCACCAAAGGCAACUGUUACCUGGACCAGGUGGAGGUCAGCUUCUGCCGGGGCCGCUGCACUUCCUGGACCAACGUCCUGGCUGAGGAGCCCUACCUCCAGACCGUGUGCGACUGCUGCAGCUACAGGCUGGACCCCGACACCCCGGUGAAGAUCCUCAACCUCCAAUGUGAGGACGGGGAGGAGGAGCCAGUGGUCCUUCCCGUCAUUCAAAGCUGCGAGUGCAGCAGUUGUCAAGGCGGAGAUUUCUCCAGGCGCUGAGCACGCGGCGGACGUGAAGGAUGUAAAUACGUUGGGGGCGGAGCUCCUCCUGUAUAGAGCGCUGUGUACAAAGUCUAAUAAAGAAUUUUUGAAGCAAAUUGA